AGAAGUGGAUGCAAGCUUGAAAUUACUUCGUGUAUCUUUCUUGCCAGCAAAAAGAGAGUUUUUCUGAUUUCUUCAGUCCCUUAAGCAGUAAAAGGAAGAAGCAAUGUGCAAUCUAAAGCUGCCAGUUGUCCUUAUUGUGCUCUCUGUUGCUUUAAGCUAUCUGGAGGCUACACCUAUUGAUAGAUUAAUGUCAGUGGCUGGUGAUCUCUCCGAUGGAACUUCUGACAGGCAGGAAUGGAUAUUGCCAAUUCGGUCAAGAAAUACACUGUUGGAAAUUAGAGGGACAGUGCCUGAAAAUGAAGCAGGAAACACUAAAAGUCAUCAUCUGGAGAAAAGGAAAUGUAACACGGCUACAUGUGUGACACAGCGCCUGGCUGACUUUCUAGUUCGAUCCAACAACAAUAUUGGAGCAAUUUUCUCUCCUACCAAUGUGGGAUCUAAUACAUACGGCAAGAGGGAUACAAUUGGGAAGUUAAGCAGAGAAUCUCUGAAUUAUCUCCAACAUUAGGUUAUUAUAUUACUGUUGUAAUUCUGAUGAACUUUUCCCAUUUCAUGUAUCAAUGUUCUUAGCAAUUUCAUAUAUCAAUUUUUGUUUUCUUUUGUGUGUUUAUUGAUAAGGAUUACUCUUUUGUAGUUUGUUUAUCUAUAUAACCUAACAUUGUUUGCAUUCAAUAUGAAAUUUCUUUGUAGAAAGAAAUAUAUAUAUACAUAUAUAUAUACAUACAUUUGUAAUUGCUGGCAGUUUUUAAUUAAAACAUUUGAAAAAGACUUGUAAACCUUUAUAGGUGAAAUUUAAGAACAAAGAAACAUAUAAAGAUCUUACUAUGUUAUCAUGCUAUUUCAAAAGCAGUAAAUCAUAAAAAGUUAAGCAAAUGGAAGAGUUAGACCCUGAUAAAAUUUUGGAAGCAGUCUCUGAAUGCUCGAUUAUCUGAAAAGAAAUAAGAUGAUGAUUAAAAAGAAAAUGAAUAAAAUUAUAAAGCUUCUUUUACUCAUUUUAAUUUUUUAAAAAUCGUAUCCCCACUUCAGUUCACUUUUUUAAAUCAAGUUAUUAUUGGUCCUUGCGUGCUCUGUGUGGUUACUCAAAAAUCUAAAAGCAGCAUGAAUCCAUGAGAGCUUUAUUAUGAAUUAAUAUCACAUUCUUCUUUCUUAAAUGCUUAUAUCAUUUACUCUAUAUAAUAUGACUUCAGCAAACUUCUAUGACUAUCACAUCUUAAAUUUCUGUUGUGAAGUAUGCCUUAGAUGACCAAGUUUUCAGAAUUUGUGAUGGUGGUUUCUUUUUUAUUUUCUUCGUGGUUGUGUAAAAAUUGUGUAGAAGGUCUGCUCCUUGAAUUCAAAUAAAUAUAUUUCUGCAUAAUUUAAUAA